GCGGCCAUGAAGACUGUUGCAGCAGCAGCGGUGGCAGUGAUAGGAGCGGCGGCAGCAGUGGCAGCGGCGGCAGCAGUGGCUGCAGCGGCAGCAGUGGCAGCGGGAGGAGCAUCAGCAGUGGCAAGAGCGGCUGCAGCGGCAGCAGCAGUGGCUGCAAUGGCAGCGGCGGCAGCAGUGGCUGCAAUGGCAGCGGCGGCAGCGAGAGGCGCAGCGGCAGCGGCAAGUGCGGCGGCAGCGGCGGCAGCAAGGGCUGCAGGUGCAGCAGCAGCAGCAGGAGGAGCAGCAGCAGUGGCGGUUGCUGUGGUAGCGGCGGCAGCGGGAGGAGCAGCGGUAGCGGAGGAGUAGCGGCAAUGGCGGCAGUGGCGGUUA